UUAUAAAGCAUCCUAUAAAUUAGUAAUAUCCAAAACAACUUGUCCUUCAAAAAACUCAACAAGUUUUUCCGAAUUGCAGUAUGGCUCCAAAAACUUUUCUGUAUUUCAUUUUUACCCUCAUUUCGCUUCUUCAAUUCCAUUUCUCAGCCGGACAAGAUGCUGUGAGAGCUGGCUACUGGUUUCCAGGCAGUGGACUUCCAGUUUCGGAUAUAAAUUCCACUCUCUUCACUCACCUUUUCUGUGCUUUUGCCGAUCUUGAUCCCGAAACGAACCAAGUCGUCAUUUCAUCAGCAAACCAGGCUCAGUUCUCGACCUUCACCCAAACUGUUCAACAGACGAACCCUUCAGUCAAAACUCUAUUGUCCAUCGGAGGAGGCAGUGCAAACCAAACAGACUUUGCUUUGAUGGCAGCCGAAUCCACCUCCCGGAAAUCAUUUAUCGAUUCUUCCAUUAAUCUCGCCAGACAAUACAAUUUCAAUGGCCUAGACCUCGACUGGGAGUACCCCUCCUCAGCUUCUGCAAUGACCAACUUAGCUUUACUCCUCAGCAAGUGGAGAGCAGCCAUUGACAACGAAUCCACAAGCACUGGCAACACAUCUUUGCUUCUGUCCGCCGCAGUUUUUUACUCAUCCGACUAUCAUUACACCAUUGAUUACCCGGUUCAAGCUAUAGUAAACAGCCUGGAUUGGAUCAAUGUUAUGGCGUAUGAUUUCUACGGCCCACUUUGGUCGAGUAUUACAGGGCCUCCCGCUGCUUUGUACAGUCCUGUAAACGAUCAAUUUAGCGGAAAUUACGGAGUCACAAGCUGGAUUCAAGCUGGAGUGCCUGCCAGCAAAAUUGUGCUUGGCCUUCCGUUUUAUGGCUACGCUUGGCAGCUUGCUGAUCCUUAUUACCAUGGAUUUUUUGCCCCAUCAGUUGGGCCGGCUUUGUCUUCAGAUGGGUCAGUUGCUUACAACCAGAUUGGGUUAUUUAUAGGGAAAUAUAGUGCCACAACCGUGUACAAUUCAACUGUGGUUUCGAACUAUUGUUACUCUGGAAAAACUUGGAUCGGUUUCGAUGAUACGGAGAGUGUUUCUGCCAAGGUUUCGUAUGCUAAAGAGAAUGGACUUCUUGGUUACUUUGCCUGGCAUGUUGGAGCGGAUGACAAUUGGGCUCUUUCUCAAACAGCUUCGGAUACUUGGGGAGCUUGAAUACUCGUCGCUAGUUGAGCGUCCAUAUGGAUUCGAACAAAUCUAAUCAUAUUUAAGUAGAUGAUUGAAUAAUAUUUGUGAGCAUGUUCGCAAUAAAUUUAAUAUGGAAAAUAAGCCAAAUAAUUGAUAUA